AUGACUCAGGCCUUACCGCCUGUUCGGGCGUGCAUCUUCGAUGUGGACGGCACCCUUAUCAACUCUGAGGACAUCUACACUAGCAUUUACAACCACAUUCUGCGAGAAUAUGGAAGGCCCGAAUACCCCUGGGCCAUUAAAGCCACGCAGCAGAGCAGAGGCUCACGUGGCACGAAUCGUCUUCUCGCUUGGGCGCAGGUACCACUUUCCCCAGCAGAAUGGGCGUUAAAAGAGAAAGCACAUACACAUUUGUUCAGGAACAGCGAGACGCUCGCUGGCAUCGAUGAUCUCCUUCAAAAGCUGAAAUUCCAGACCACGCCACCUAUACUGCUGUCGCUAGCUAGCUCCGCAGGGCGUGAGAAGUUUGCGCUGAAGACAUCACAUCUGGCUUGCAUUGGGCGAGCAUUCCAAGACUCAGCUUUACAGGUAUUUGGCGACGACCUAGAAAUGUCAGAUAGUAAGAAGAAGCCUGAGCCCGAUAUCUUCCUUCUUGCUCUCAGGCGGCUGAAUGCUGCGAACACGGCGCGUGGAGAGCGCGCGCUUGACCCCCGCGAAUGCCUCGUCUUUGAAGACUCGAUCGCGGGGGUUGAAGCUGCACGACGGGCUGGCAUGCGUGUGGUGUGGGUGCCACAUCCGGGCUUAGCACGGGUCUGCAAGGGACGCGAGAUGGAUGUCCUGAUGGGGAGAACAGAGGCUGAUGAUCAGGUACCCGACUAUGCAACUCCUGUUCAAGGCGAAGCGAGAGGUCCUGUGGUUGGCGAAGAUGGACGCCUCAUGUCAGAGGAUGGAGUGGUGGAGAUGAGGCACAGUCUAGAGAAUUUUCCCUAUCGAGCAUACGGCAUCGAUGUUGUUGAAUGA